AUGUAUAUUUUAAAUACAGGUAUCAAUAAUGACAGUGAUGGACAAUAUGCUAACUUUGUAGCACCAAACUACAAAGAAAGUAUUGGUGUGAAAAAAUCAUUUUUGGAGCAACAUUCCAUACAAACUAUUGAUUUAAAUGGAAAAGCUUUACCUUUUAACCCAACUGUUGAAGAUCAUGAGAACUCAAAAUCGCAUCAACAAGCAGUGUCAGCUGCUCUUCAGUGUUCAAUGAGCAAAGAUAUAAGCACAUUAAUUAACCGUAAUAUGGCAUUUAAACAUUUAAAAGAAGUCGAGCAAAGACGAUUGGUUAUUAAAAGACUUAUAGACAUCAUUUUUUUUUAUUGGACGUCAAGGGCUACCAUUCAGAGAAUACCUAUGUUUAAAAUAGCUGCUAGUUCUUUUGAUGGUGCUGCUAAAAUGAAAGGAACAUACAAUGGUCUUAAAGCACAUAUGUUAACCGAUAACCCUAAUUUAAUAUAUACACAUUGCAUGGCACAUGUGCUUAAUUUGGUCAAAGUAGAUUCAACUGAAAACUGUUUAUUAGCUGAAAAUCUUUAUGGAUUAGUUGAAGAAACUGCUGUGUUUUUAUCAAAUUCUCAUAAAAGAAUGAAUGUCUAG